AGUAGACAUUGUCCAGGGGACGAGCGUGACCUGCGCAUGUGCUAAAGGGAGAAAACAUCCAGAUUUGUAGAAUCUCGAUCCCAGAUGCGUCUGAACAGUGGCGGGUCCGUAUCGGAGUACAUGUGACCACUGAGUUGCACUGCAUUGCAUUUCACCUGAUUGUCGACCAGGGGGAAACCUUAAACCCUAAUUUUCUUGGACAUCGAUCGAGUUUGGUUACGUGCGGAUGUGAGCUUGUAUGGGGAGAUCGUGAGAAAUCCAAAAUGAGCUCUGAUUCUUCAACUCCGCUCUCCGAUAUGGCCCAGAUGACGGAUGAUGACACGCAGUCAAGCUUAGAGAAAAUAAAGAAGCGUCUUGCGAAUGCUUCUACCAGUUGCAUCAUGGAAGGCUCUCUGUUGAAGAGAUCUGAAACUCUGCGGAAGUGGAACCAACGUUGGUUUACUCUGGAUCCAGCAACUGGAAAGAUGGAAUACAGGUUCCAGCAAGGCGAUUCAUCUCCAAGGGGGUUGAUACACUUUGAACCGGAGAGCACAAUAACAUUGUCCCCAAUCAACUUUCAUGGACUGAGAAAGUACGAUGGUUGCUGCUUUUAUAUCGGUUCUCCUCAAAAGAAGGAGUAUUAUCUGUGUGCAGAGACUCCAACCAUCGCCCGAGCCUGGGUUUCAACGUUGAGAGCGGCAGCUCUAGUUUUGAAGGCACACAAGGAAGCAGUUGAUUCUUUGAGUGGGAACGGACAUGCAAAACUGGGAACGGUUGCUGCGGUAGUUGCAGCAGCCAAUGCCACCGCUAGGGAGGGAAUGAAAGAGAUGCAUAUGUCUCUGAAAGAAGCUGUAAAGCCAAGUCCUCCUCAGCUAAGCCAUACGCUUACAGAUGAUAUGUCAAACGUCAUGAAGGAAACUUUGAGAGUUAAGGAUGAGGAGCUGAAUCAAGUUGCGAGAGAUUUGAGAGCUCGUGAUUUCACUAUAAAGGAAAUGGCGGAUCGUCUCUCCGAAACUGCUGAGGCUGCCGAGGCAGCUGCAUCAGCGGCGAGGGCCAUGGACAAGGAGCGAAAAAGCGCCCAAGCGGAGUUAGAGCGUCUGAGGAAAGAGUUUGACGACAGGUUGUACCAUGCUGCUCGUGAGGUCAGAGCAGGAGAAGAAAGACUAAACGAGGCAAUGAAAGCUAGAGAUAAUGCCCUACAAGAAGCUCAGAGAUGGCGAGUUGAACUUGGUAAAGGGAGAGAACAAAUUGUCAUGAUGGAAGGGGCCUGCGUGCGGGCCGAAGAAAGUGCCCGAAGAGCAGCAGCAGAUGUUGAGGAGAAGGUCAGACUUGCCAAAGCGAGUGAGAUGGCAGCGUUGGCGGCAAAAGAGGAAGCCUUUCACCUUGCAAAGCAGUGGCAGGCACAAGCUGAAUACUACCGUGACCAGGCUGCCAGGUAUCUAGCAAUACUGCAAGAACGGGAUGCGCAAGCACAGGCUCAAACGGGGAAGAAAGAAGAAGGCAACAAUGUGGAGGUAUCAGAAAAAUCUGAUACGGAAACGCCUGUCGGGGUUUCAACACCUGAUAGAAAUAAUCCAUCGUUUGUCGAUACGGGGGUGGACGAGGAUGAUUUAAUCUAUAAUCCUAUAACUCCCGAAUUAUUAACUGCUGGUUCUGGUUCUGCCUAUUCGGAUACCGAACCUACUAUGGAUCCUGAACUGGAAGCUCCUGUUCCAGCAACUGUUGACACGGUCUCCACUGUUGACACGGAGAUCUCGAAGUCUCCGGCGGUUGAGAAUGCGACAGAGGUUUUAAACACAGCACCCUCUGAAGUUGUUGCGCCAGGAAUUUCAGUGACUGAACUGUCCACACCCAACUCAGGGCUCCCGUUAGAGGUUCCGCAGCUCGAGGAACAUUUGGUAUCCAGAUCGGAAUCAAAUUUUGUGACACCUGUUCCCAACGAAGUAUCUACACCCCAAACCAGUGGUGAAACCAUAGACAUACAAACGGGCAGAAAUUGAUUUGUUUUGUAGGUAGUAUCCAUCGUCAAGACAUUGGCCUCAUAUGGGGCAAGAGCUGUACAUAUCCCGGUGGCUUUCCUGAUGAGCCGAUUCGUGAGUUGCCUUGCGUACUGCGUACGUUUGCCUGUUCCCUCCGUGGACGGUGCAGCAUUCUCUUAAAGGCUGGUCAGAUUUAUAAACUACAGCGGUCAUGGGAGCUCCACGAUAUAUAUAUUUAUAUGACAGGGUAAAAGCUGGUGUUACCAGUCAACCUGUGACUUGGACAAGUUUGCCAAAAAGUUUUCUAAAGCUGUUCAAUGCUUGCAACAACCACAAUUCUACUUCGAUGACAAUCAAACCGUGGUAAGGGCUGCAGCCGUCUAUGGAAGUUCAAAGAAUCACAGGGUUCAUUGAAGAGAGAAACACUGCUUUUUAGACAUUGGUCUUCUCGAAUAGGGAACUGUGUUCAAUAGACUAGGUCUUGGAAUGUUAGGAGUAUCCGUUGGUUAUCCAUGUUUCACAUGAAGUGAUUCAGUAAAAGGUCUGUUAGAAGGGUAGUCCUUGACAAGUUGCCUUCAUGUGGUAAAACUUGUCUCAGCUGUGGGGUAUUUUAACCUAUUGAGACGUGCAGGUUUCUUUUGCUGUGCGAUUUCUUCUAAUGUUGUUGAUGUCAAAGUGAAAACAGAAGUGCAGAAAAGUUUGGCCGCGGGACUAGAAAGUCCCGGAAUAGUUGGUUCCCCGCCAACUGACUGCUGUCUUGUGUCGAGUUGCGAUUGCAGUAAAAUUGUGGGAUACUACACACCUGUUGGUGACCACGCUG